GUGGGAGGAGCUGAUUACACUGACUAGGGUGUGUUUUAGGUACUGCCUGUCCUCUUUUGGAGCUCUAUUUAAGCAGCAGCCUGACCAAACACAUUUCACUUUUCCAGCUUUGACCAGAACAGCUGCUCUUGAGAAGAAGUUCAGACUGCAGUCAUCAAUAUCUAUUUCAUUCAAAGAUGCCCUACCCAACAACUCUACAUAUAAUUGGCGGACAAGGAGGUCGUCCAUUUUCAUUUACUGGUGAGAACAACGGUGCCAGUUUAGAGAAGAUCGGGGUUUGGGUUGGAGGAUGGCAGGUGAAGGCUGUCAGGGUUUGGCUUUCAGAUGGGAGAGUUCAAACUUUUGGAGAACCAGCUGGAGAUCCUCAAGAGUACAAGUUCCAGCCUGGUGAGUGUUUUGCCUCACUGUCCUUGUGGGGGAACGGAGCAGGAACACGUCUUGGAGCUAUCAAAUUCACAACCAGUCUUGGGGGAAGAUUCUUUGCAAAGAUGACAAGCUGGGGUUUACAAAAAGAAUAUAUCAUGGAUGUCGGCUCUGGAUAUUGUUUGGGAGUUGUAGGAAGAGCUGGUGCCGACAUUGACAGCAUGGGAUUCAUGUUUCUCAAUAAAGUUCAAUCAACAGUUCUUACCGAUGUCAACUAUCCCACUAUCAAUCAACUGAUACCAAACGUGGCAGUAGAAGAAAUAAAAAAAGUCACUUAUAGGAAUGACUCCUCCGUCACUCAAGAACAAAAAGUUGAAUCCUCAAAGAAAAUAACCAAAACAUCUUCAUGGUCUGUGAGUCCAAGUUUGUCAGCAACAUUUAGUAUGGAAGUGUACGCUGGGAUUCCAGUGAUUGCAGAAGUUACAACAGGAUACAGUGUUAGUGUUGGACUUGAAAGCACUUACAGUCUGGAGUAUUCAGAAGAGAGAACCGAAACUCUGUCUACUGAUAUUGAUGUGCCACCCAGGAAGAAGGUGGAAGUUAACAUCACCAUUGGAAGAGCCACUUUUGACCUGCCUUACACUGGCACAGUGCAGAUCACCUGCACGAAUGGCAGUAUGUUAAAGUACGAAACCCAGGGCACAUACAAAGGCGUCACUUACACUGAUAUCAAAGUGGAGACUAAGGAAUCUGAUCUGUAAUGUUAAGACAGAUUAAAAAAAGGAAACACAAGUUCUUUGAUUACUUCUAAUUUUGUCAAUCAUGUAUCAAUUGUUUUACAUUUAGGCCAAAUUGUUUGGUGUUUUUUGGUGGUUGGGUGUUUCCCCUGUGUGUGUGCGUGUAUACACACAAAAGUUGCUGUUUUCAAAUAGUCUUAUAUGAUACCAAAACACAAAUAUUCAUAUAGAUUCAUACUUUGUGUAAUCACUUUAAAAUAAACUCUAGAAACAGGUUCUGUAAUAAUGUUUUUUAAAUGAGAUUUAAUAAAAUAAAAUAUAUAUAUAUUAAAAUAAACCCUGUGUUACAAGCAAUGUUUCCUGGAAUUAUUUUCUUGCUGCGCAAAGCUUAUCUCUAUUGAGUGGACUUUUCGGCCACAUGAGCAAAAAUAUUGCUGGAUUCAGACCUGUACAUACACACAAAAAGUGGAUACAUCAUGUAGUUGUAACUUUAAUGUGCGAUUUCUAUUUGAUUUGACAAUGUAGUGAUAUAAAGCCACGUUUCUGAAAAGAAGCGAUUCAGGUUUAUCAACCCAAACAAAACCACUCCUCUCCUCAUUGCUCCACCUCCAAAACUCACACUCUAGUCCUAACCACCCUGCUCCGAGUCGGUGUCGAACCGCAGCCCGUCCGCUGCUGGCAUGCGAGGCGAGUGCACUAUCAAUGACACCUCAUUCUCUAGUGGUUGUCAGCACACCUUUCAAAGCCUUUUCAUUAAAAUUAUAGACAUGGUUCCAUCCAACUCUGAAAAAGAAGAAAAACAAAAAAUGUGAUAUUUUAGAUAUGCCUGAGGCCGGAAAUGACAGUUGGCAGACUCAAAAAUUUAGACUUGGAACAUGUUUGCUCAAAUUAUUUUUAGAGCCAUCAGACUUCUGAAGAGUCAAGACUUAGUGCAAACUCAAUGAAGCUAAGAAAUUUAAUUACAGAUGCAGUGAGCACCAAAGACAAGAAGUAGCUUGCAACAGAGUCUUUCCAACAGCUUUGAAAAUGGAUUUUGAAAUUUGAACACUGUAACCCGCAUGACAGACUGGCACGACAAAAUAGCAAAAAUGGCAUUGAGAGGUAACAAAUCAAAACUUAUUUUAGGAACAUUUUAGGUCCUUAAUCUAGCA